GUCAUGACGACACGUCCACGGGUAUAAGACAUACGGCGAGCGUGCUUGGGAAACACUACGCCUAUCGUCACAGCUACAACUCGUCCAGUCGCGGGUACGCUUUCAGUCAAACAAGCCACCAUGAAGUUUACGAUAGCAAUCCUCUUGCUUGGUGCCCUUCUUGGAACAGGAGCUGCCUGCAGCAUAGGAUCCUGCUCCCUGACCGGUACUCUUACAGGGACUGCCGGAUGCACGAACUACCAAACCUACAUCUCAUGUCUGUCCACCCAGUCCAGCAGCUGCACCAGCAGUGUCUCAGACGCAAUUUCUAAACCACUCAUCGACGCUGCCAUCACGUCCAACAACAUCUUGAGAGCCGCUUUGGGCUGCAGCGGUGCGAGCUUUACAUGCGUCUCCGGCAUUGCGCUCAUCCUGUCCGUCGUGGCAACGCUGGUGAAAACUCACUUUUAAAUCAGGGAUGCUGCUCUCAGGGAUGUUGCUCUCAGUCUUUUAUCGUCUUAUAUCGAAUACUUUUGUACCAGCUUUUUUCGCAUCCUGUGAUAUCACUGUCAGAAGAACUCAUGAAGGUGUUUGAUGUAUCAAGUUUAAUUGUUAGUACUAAAAGUGUUUCAGAAGUGAGUAGACUAAUUUUACGUGAGGUUGUGUGGGGUUCUGUUUUAUUUUACACUGUCUACAUACAAGGAGUCCCUGCGUAUCAUCUUCUUUGACUUGGCGGUGCGUAGCCCAGUGGUCAUAGUGUUCGCUCCUCACGACGUUUGACUUUUGUCUUGCAAAGUGUAUGAAGUUCAUUUGGGAUGCCCUUGUUGCUAUACUGCUGGAACAUCUGCUAUAAGGAUCGUAAACACAUGCUCAUGGGUUGUUUUUGUAAUGGUUUUUUCUCAUAAUAAAAAGAUUAUUUUACCAA